AUGCACAGUUAUAGCGAAAAAACAGUGGAAAAAGGAAGGAUAUCGAAUGAUAAAAGAAAAAAGAAAAUUUACAUUCUGAACGGCGCAGCAGGAUCGGGAAAAGAUACUCAAUGUAAACUAGUGUCAGAAAAGUACUAUUUUCCAAUAAUUACAAUAAGUACAUUGUUAAAAGAGUAUAUUAAAGAAAAUGAACAGAUAGAGGAAAAUACAAACAUGUGUGACAAAUAUGCUUAUGAUUUAGGGGAAAAAGAAAAUGAAAAAAAAAAAAGAAAAAAGGAAGAUUUAGAAAAUAUAAAAAAAUGCAUGAAUGAUGGAUCGCUAGUUUCAGACGAUGUAGUUAUGAGAAUAUUUUUGAAUCGUUUGGAAAAAUAUUUAAAUAAUAAGGAAACGUGUUCUGGUAUAUUAAUUAAUGGAUUUCCAAGGACAUACGAACAGGCCUUACUAUUUGCAAAGAAUGACAUUGAAAUUACAAAUUUUAUUAACAUACAGGUAAAAAAAGAUACUUUAUUGAAAAGAAUAAAUAAUCGAAUGGCUGAUCCGAUAACUAACAUAAAUUAUAGUGCAGAAGGGAUAGAACUCUUUUUAAAGAAAAAAAAAGGUGCAAUUUUAACUUCAGAAGAAGAAUCCUUACUAAUUUCUCAAGGAAAAGAAUUUCAAAAUUUAAAUGAUGAAAUUAUAGACAGGUUGGUAAGGCGAGCAGAUGACAAGGAGGCUACCUUUAAUAAGAGAUUCGAUGUAUAUGAAAAAAAUAAACACAAGAUUGAGUCGCUUUUUCUCAAUGCGUGCAGAGAUGUUGAUGGGAAUGGAUCUAUCGACCAAACCUUUGCACAGAUAUGUGCCAUCAUAGGACCAGCACCCCAAGACCCUCCCACAUAA